AUUCGUGCUUGAGACAGACAAGCAGGCAGACGGAGUGAGGAUGCUGCUGCUGCUCUGGUAACCCCUCACCUAGAUCAUCCCUUUGUGCACAGCGCGCUGCAAGGUUGGUAUCUCAGCGCUCUGUCCAGCUGUCACCGCCUGCAUUGGUUCCCCAAGCAGACGCACGUAGGCGCGUAUCCGACCGACCAACCCCCUCUUCCCCCGGCAGACUGGAGAGCCGGCUAGCGGCGGGACAGCCAGGCAGCGACGAUCCGUUGCUGCAGCCCCGACGGGACGAACGGGACAGAGGUCUAUACCAACCGAGGAAGUGUGACACUGUGCCGAGUCCCCUCACUGUGUGCAGCAGCACCAUGGCAGCUAUGGGACCUGGGGACAGAGCUGGAGCAGGGCCAGGGAGCACGGCUGUCUGCCCGAUGGGACCAGAGGCCCGCGUCUCUACGACGACACAAAACAGCAACGAGCCAGACAUUCAGCAGAGUCUGGCGUAUACACAGGGCUGUGUCCAGGCUGAGAAAGCAUUUGUGAAGACUGGGCGCCAGAAGAGUCUGCUGCCAAGGGAGGCUGAGCGAGGCUGGAGUAACCUGCCUGGUCCCUUGCAAACUGUGGGACCCACAGUGCACCUCAGCAGUGGGUCCACUACUGGAGAUGCACCAUACAGUUUCCGCAGUCCAGAAUCAGUGGAGAUGGAUGAGAUCAUGGCAGCCAUGGUUCUGACCAGUCUUUCCUGCAGCCCCAUGGUCCAGAAUCCUCCACAAACAGAUCCUGGACCAGCUGGCUCAUCGUCACCGGCUGACAUGGAGUGUGGUGGCGGCGAGCUCUCCGACAGCGGCAGCAGCGGCUACUGGAGCUGGGAUCACGGCAAUGUGAGUCCCGCUCCCUCGCCGUCCGUCACUGAGAUGGACAGCAGCCCUGAUGAAGGCUUACAUAUGGAACUGGAGCAGGGAGAGGAGCUUAAUGCCAAAAAGCCAAAGAGCUCUUUCAGAGGUGUCUACAAGUGUCUGUGGCCCAGCUGUGGCAAGGUGCUAACGUCUUCGGUGGGAAUAAAAAGACAUAUUCGUGUGCUGCAUCUGGGUGGAUCAGAUCAGUCUCAGAGGGAAGAGGACUUCUACUACACCAAGAUCUCCUGUGAGACUGUGGACACCAGCUCCGCUCCAGCUCCCUCCCAGCAGGUUCUGGCCCAGGCCUCGUCCUCUCAUCUCAGCUGGGCUUCCUGUGGUUCUCCUCCUGCCUUGGGGCUCCAGAUCCCCCCAGCUCACAGGCCCAGGUCCAACUCCAGCUCCGGGCCUGUCCCUAGCAGGCCCAGUCCACUCAGCCAGUCUGCCCCCAGCAGCUUCUGGCAGAUCCACUCAGAGCAUCUCUAUCAGGCCUGUAGCCCCGUCCAGGUAUCUGUGGCCUCCAGAGGACCCAACUGCCAGGGUUGGACACCUUCCUCUUCCAUCUCUGGCCAAAGUAACACUCCGAUGGUGAAACCUCGCUGCCGGUCAGUCAGUGUUGGGGAACAGUGGCUCCAGCAGAGCAAGCUGCAGCCUAUGAGUGCAUCGCCUUCUCGCACCCACUGCUCCUUCAGGAAGGGUCGCGGGGAGGCCAAAAAAUGUCGCAAAGUGUACGGAGUGGAGCGCAAGGAUCAGUGGUGCACCGCCUGCCGCUGGAAAAAAGCCUGCCAACGCUUCCCCGACUAAAAACGGCUGCGGGAUGGGAAGAGUGUGAGAGUCAAAGAGCUGGAUGGAUGAAUGAGUGAUAAAAUAAACUUUUAGUAAAAGGAGGAUAGAAAUCAGGGCCUGAGAGCCAUAACAAAAAAACAACUGUUCUUUUACUACAUGUGUUUUUUACUUUAAAACUGUUUUGUUUCUUUCCUAAAGAAAUGCAAAUGGAAUUUUCUGUAUCUUUGUAACUUGAUCCUGAAAGCUGAAGUCUGCGAUGGUGCUAACUGUCUGACUGACUUUGACCAUGUGAUGUGCUAAGCCUACAAUACUCUCCUACUUUAUCCAAAGGUAAUAGUACUGCCCCUGUAGCUCCACUGUAUUAGAUGGCUAUUUGGCUGUUUUCUUUACUCCAAUCCUCUCUUCCAGUGGUUAUACAGUGGUUAUGAUGUACAUUAUAUUGUGUGCUUUGAGUUAUGUACGAGUAUUUUAUACCUUUUUUUAUUGUCUUGUUCAGCCCGUGUAUUUGGGCAGGUUAUUUUUUUUCUUUCUUUUUUUGGAAUUUUCAUGUUUUUUGGCACUUUGUUGGAAUAUAAACUCACAAGAAUAAGCUACAUUUGGUUCAAUUCAACCAAGUUCCUAUUUCCUUCCUGCCCAUGUGUUGGCAUACAACCAGUGUUAAUGGUUUUAUCCGUGAAGCUAUGGAGUCAUGGCGAUGGGAUUAGCAUUAGGGAAAUGAGUUUGUAAUAGCAAUAAAAAAAGAGGAAAUAUAUUGUCAAACACAAAUUAAAAAGCACUGAGAAUUUGAAA